AUGGAGACGCCUGGGCUGUCCGCCGGGCCCCUGUUGCUCCCCGCCGCGCCGGGGCCCGGGCGGAAGCGCGCGGCGGGGGAAGCGCGACCGGCCACGAGCAAGCAGCGGGUUUUGGACGAGGAAGAGUACAUCGAGGGCAUCCAGACUGUCAUCCAGAGGGACUUCUUCCCGGAUGUCGAGAAGCUGCAGGCCCAGAAGGAAUACCUGGAGGCCGAGGAGAAUGGAGACCUGGAGCGGAUGCGUCAGAUUGCCAUCAAGUUUGGCUCUGCCCUGGGCAAGAUGUCCCGAGAGCCCCUGCCUCCCUAUGUGACUCCAGCCACGUUUGAAACUCCUGAGGUGCACACAGGCCCUGGUGUGGGGGCCCACAAGUCUCGAGCCCGUUGCCGCGGAGCAGAAGAUGGCGAGGCCAUGGAGGAGGAGGAGAAGGAGCCGCUGCCCAGCCUGGACGUCUUCCUGAGCUGCUGCACCAGCGAGGACAACGCCUCCUUCCAGGAGAUCAUGGAAGUGGCCAAGGAGAAGAGCCGGGCCCGCCAUGCCUGGCUAUACCAGGCUGAGGAGGAGUUUGAGAAGAGGCAGCAAGAGAAUCUUGCCCUACCCUCAGCCGAGCAUCAAGCCAUCGAGAGCGGCAAGGCCGGAGUGGAGACAUGGAAAUACAAGGCCAAGAACUCACUCAUGUACUACCCAGAGGGUGUCCCUGACGAGGAGCAACUGUUCAAGAAGCCCAGGCAGGUGGUGCAUAAGAACACACGCUUCCUUAGGGACCCCUUCAGCCAGGCCCUGAGCAGAUCCCAGCUCCAGCAGGCGGCCGCCCUCAACGCCCAGGUGAAGGAAGGAGAGGGAGCCCUGCUGCUGCCCUGGGCCAGCUGCGAGGAGCCUGAGGUGCUUGUGGUGGGCUCACCCUCUGCAGGCGUGAAUGAGUCCCCACUGAUGACCUGGGGGGAGGUCGAGAACACGCCCCUGCGAGUAGAAGGAGCAGAAACACCUUACGUGGACCGGACUCCAGGCCCAGCCUUCAAGAUCUUAGAGCCGGGGCGUCGGGAGCGGCUAGGGCUGAAGAUGGCGAACGAGGCCGCCGCCAAGAACCGAGCCAAGAAGCAGGAGGCCCUGCGGAGAGUCACGGAGAACUUGGCCAGCCUCACCCCCAAAGGCCUGAGCCCAGCCAUGUCCCCAGCCCUGCAGCGCCUCGUGAGCAGGACAGCCAGCAAGUACACCGACCGGGCCCUGCGGGCCAGCUACACACCAUCCCCAGCACGCUCCACUCACCUCAAGACCCCAGCGGGGGGCACCCAGACCCCUACCAGCACGCCAACUGUUGGCUCUGCCACGCGGACCCCCAUUAUCCAGGACCCGGCCUCCAUCACAGACAAUCUGCUGCAGCUGCCUGCGCGGCGCAAAGCCUCGGAUUUCUUCUAGGCCAGUGGGCCUUCGCGGAGCCUGCUGCAGAUGACUUUGGCCGGCUGAUGCCCAGGCCCAGCCCAGGACGGAGGCAGUGGAGCUGGCAGAGGAAGGGGAGGUGCUGCGGCCUGGCCGCACAGGACCCUUGCACAGCCCCCAGCCCCCUCUCCCUUAUGGACGUUGGGGGAGGCCUUGUUGGCACUAUUUUUACUGAAACCUAUCCAAUGGUGUCAUUAAAGAGCAACUAUCAAAGCUG